AUGCAGGGUACUCGAGUGACGCGAACACAGUACGGAUUCCGCACGUUACAAGAGUCGUCGGCUAAAAGGCCUAAAGUCACAGGAUAUCACAGGUGCCACGGCAUCACAUGUAUUUUUUAUUUAUUUAUUUGUUUUCAACUGUUUAUCUCAUUUAUUUCAGGUACAAAACGAUGUACUAAUUACCAUGAAGAUGAACGGCAUACGUUCUAUGCAGAUGAAGACGGUUUCUUCGCCCUAACAAUCGAUCCAGUUCAGGUAGAUGACACAGGUCGAUACACAUGUAUGGCAACAAAUGAAUAUGGUCAAGCGUCCACAUCGGCGUUCUUCCGAGUACUAAAAGUCGAAAAAGAGGCUGCACCACCGAAAUUUGUUAAUGCACUCAAAGAUCGCCGAUGUAAAAGUCGAUGUAGUCAAUUUCAGGUCGAGGGUUGGCCGGAACCCGAACUCGUAUGGCUUGUCGACGAUCAGCCUCUUCGGCCGUCACACGAUUUCAAAAUCGAGUACGACGGCAUGAACGCUAAACUCGAAAUCAGGGACGCUCAACCCGACGACACCGGAGUGUACUGUGUGAAAAUCCAAAACGAAUUCGGAACAGAAGAAAGCAAAGCCAAAUUGGUUGUGGUACCUGAUCCGGACAAGAACCACGUUGCACCAGAGUUUCAGGUACUUAUUAUGAAUUUCAGAGAUGGACCUAAAAUUCCGAAUGGACUUUACUUUUGGUAUAAUAGCUUUACAUGUAGUAAAACUUUUGUUUAUUCGAGGCCACAAUGCUUUAAAUCAGUUAUCACGGGCGAUCCAAAUCCAGAUAUUACCUGGAUGAUCAAUGGAAUACCACUGAGUGAAUCGGAGAAGGUCCGAUUCAUCUCUGAAGACGGUAUUUGUAUUCUCAUAAUUAAAGAUGUAACGCGACACUUUGAUGGAACGGUCACUUGUCAGGGCACAAAUCGACUAGGUACGACCAGUUGUGAUGGUCGCCUCAAAGUGCGAGUACCACCAGCACCUCCAUCAUUUGCAAAGCCACUGGAAGAUCGAGUUGUACAGGAAAACUCUGUGGUCUCAUUCGAUGUCGACGUUCUCGGCUACCCAGAACCUGCUGUCACAUUCCACUUGAAAGGAAAAGAGCUGAAACACGGCGACGGCGUUGAUGGCGUAGAAAUCGCUGGCGCCGAUGGCUACUACAAGGUGAUCAUCAACAGUUGUACGAUGGACGCUCACGACGGCGAGAUUAUCUGCCGGGCCGUGAACGAACAUGGUGCAGCGGAGAGUCGAGCACGUCUGACCGUCGAGCCAAUGGAGGAAGAAUCACGAAGUGCUCCCACGUUCAUCAAGGACAUUGAGGACCAGGUAAACAGCGAGUCUUUCUAUUGGUUUUCCUCUAGGGUGAAAGUGGUGAAGUGCGGGAUCACAGAGGUUUCUAGAGGUUUCUAG